AUGGCUUCUUUCGUCAAAUCUACCUGCCCACACAGCGAGGAUAGGCAUAUCCGUAUCCGCUGUGGCUGCCCAAGCCGUCGCGGCCCAGAAGAUCCCAAGCACCUCGCCGACGACGCCUAUCACCGCGAAUGGUGCAAAGACUGUGUGCAAUACUGUCAUCAGGACGUCGACUGCGCUUCUCCGCUUCCCCUCAUCGCGGCUGAUGUGUCGCCCCGCUCCAAUUUUAUCUUGACACACGCCAUCGUCUGUUCCCAGUGCGGCCACAACGGUCAGAAGCACUGCACCAUCCGCUGUGGUUGCCCAAACCUUCGUGGUCCAGACAGUUCUAUGUAUUCAGCUGACGACGCUUUCCAUCGCCACUGGUGCAGCGAUUGUCUUAAAUAUUGUAGUCGGGACGAUGGAUGCACAUCCAUCCUCCCCAGCAUUCAGGUUCCACUCCCGCGUUCAAGUCAACCGCAGAUCUCUUUCAAUCUGCACUUCACACUCUACUCCGUCGCUUCAGGUGUUCUCGCGUCCAUGAAGGCUUGGAUUCAUCGUCGCAUUAUUAAAUGGCGAGGGGAGCCUGUCAAGUGUUAG